AUGGCGCAGGCGCAUUAUGACGAGGUGCAGCAGCUGAAGCGGACACAUGCUUAUGAAAUGUACCGGUUGAGGACGCAGAAACACAGAGAAAUCAGAGCUAUGGUACAAGCAUCAACUGCAGCGCAAGCGACUAGACUCGAUCAAGUCAAAGAGUGCCGUCGAAGGUAUCGAAUGCAGAAAAAGACACAUGCUUACCAGAUGGGCCUGUUGAGCAGAGAGAAAGAAUAUGAGCGCGCACUGGUCUUGGACGAAGUCGAAGCUUUGGACGCAGGAUAUGCCGAGCUGAAGCAUAAGUUCAGAGCUCAGAAAACAGCCAAUCAUGGCCUAAUAAGCGAGAUGGAACAAAUGCAGGUGCAUCUGAACGAGAAGGAUAAGCAACUGAAAGCUAUGCGUCUCAGGACAAGCGGCCUCGUCAACGAACACGCAAUCGCCGACAUUCUGAGCAAAGAAAUUCGCGCAGCCACCAACUCUCAAGUGAGCAGAGAGGAAGCCAACAUGAACAGGACAAGCGACGCGCGACAGGAGUUAAGAGCUUUGAAGAACAUUUGUACCACGCGCAGAUCUGGCUUGAAGAUUCGGUACGACAAUCUGCGCCACCAGGAAAUCGAAAUCCAGCUUCCGGUCGAUCGCGAUCAGGUCAUUACCGCCGCUGGUAAAUACCAGAAACUGGUGACAACAGAUAUGGACAACUUACUACAUUGGCUAGACGAAGUUGUGAAAGACUUGACCAGGAGAGAUGUCACCCUUGUUGAGCGCAUAGACCGAGUGUAUUCGGAGCGCACCGAAGGGCGCAACCAGAGGCUUGAAAGGUUACAUAACCUGGCUGAUCUUUGUGGUGUGAGGGGAAGAUUGGCAUUUACUGAGGACUCGGAUGACGAAUCGGAUUGA